AUGAAGUUUGGUCGAAAUCUUCCCGGAAACCAGGUUCCGGAAUGGUCCGCGUCAUACAUCCAAUAUAAGGCGUUGAAGAAGCUCAUCAAGUCUACGCGAGAAGGGGUCAAGCAUGGAGAUGGCGCAGACACCGCUGAGUUCUUCUACUCGCUCGACCGCAACCUUGAGGACGUGGACAAAUUCUACAACAAAAAGUAUGGAGAUGCAAUUAGGAGACUCAAACUACUUCAUGAUCGUUACGGCCUGUCACUGGACACAGCGAAUGGCAUAGACGAGGAUGAGAAGGACGAUCUCUGGGGGGCCCUACGGGAACUACGAGGACAACUGAAAAAGUUGAAGUGGUACGGGGAGACCAACAGACAAGGAUUUGUAAAGAUCACCAAGAAGUUGGACAAGAAGAUUGGACAGACUGCAACGCAGCGACGCUACCUGGACUCUAAGGUUGACCUAAAGCAAUUCGCAACCAACAUCCAUCUCCUGGAGACGACGAAGACUAUCAAUGACUGGCUCGAAAAGCUUGGAAAGAUCAAGAUCCGCGACGAUAACAGCUCUACCCACUCUUCUCACUCUUUGAGGCGGGCAACGUCCAAGGCAAUGUUGGCCCUUCCUGCAGGCAUACUGGACAGUGUGGAUCAAGCCAUACGUACAGAUGAUGCACUCAGAAUGACCGGAUUGUUGUCACAGAGAAGCCCGAACGCAGAACAUCCUCAUGGAGGUCUCCCGCCCAUCUUGACUCUAAAUAUUCUGCAAAGAGCGAUAUCUUGCAGCGCGAAAGCAUGCAUUGACCAGCUCCUGUCGAUGAUCGAGACACUCGAUGCGGGGGAUGAUAUUAACAAGCGUAACUGCAUACACCGCCUAGUCAUCACUAUUGGACGCUCCAAGUGUUCAGGAGAUGGGGAGCCCACUACGGAUGCUAUAAACAUCGACACAACGAAUUACAUCAAGCCAGCCGCACCGCCUGUCCUACUUCCUCUAUCAUUUUCGACCAAGGAGCGCGAUGGUAUCAGCCAGCUGAGUAGGGACGACAAAGCUAUCGUGCUGUUGGAAUACCUUCUGGAUCAGCUACGUCCACAGCAGCGGAUUGCUAUUGAGGCUAGAGAUGUGUAUGAGAGAAUGCCGCUGCACUACGCUGCACAAUAUGGAUGUGUCGCCAUCUGUCAGAUCAUAGUCUCCCGCAUCCAGGCCUGGGGACAAUGCGAAGUUAGCCACGGUAUUGAUGCGCCUUUGUUGCAGGACGCCGAUGGAUAUUCGCCGUUGCACUUAAGUGUCAUUGGUGGUCACUCUCAAACCACAAGAACACUGCUUGAGACCGUAGACUGGAAGGACGCCAAUGUUCGAAAGGCAGCGGUACAGAAACAUAUGGCGAAGUCAGGAGAAGUCCUUGCUUUGGCUGUGAAGGCGGACUUUGUCGUUAUUGUGAAGCUGCUUGUGGAAGCCGGGGUGGAUCUCGACUAUCGAGAUGACCAAGGCGAAACAGCUUUGCAUGUCGCCGCUCGCUUUGGUCAUACGGAAUGCGCAAGGAUCUUACUUGAGGACCACGAAGGUCAGAAGGCCGACAUAGAGGUUGCUGAGAACUCGUUUGGCUGGACCCCCUUAUUUGUCGCCUGCGUUGACGGUCAUAUUGACUUUGUCAAGAUGUUAGUUGCGGCCAAAGCGGAUUUGGAGAGGUUAGAUACCUCUGGCUGGACAGCGAAAGAGCACGCAGCGCUGAGAGGUCAUAUGGCUAUUGCAGUGGUCUUAGCAGACGUGACGGCCCUGCCUUCAUCAUCCGAGUUGGAUCCGCUCGCCGUCAUUCCUCUGAAUGCUAUCGCACCAAACAAGUCACUCGCAGAGAGGACGUCGAAUGCAACGACUAAUGGCAACGGCAAUGGGACCUUGCGCAGGAGUGAGCCUGUCAAAACCUACGGGCAUCGCUAUCUGACAAGAGAAACAAUGAUCCUUGUUAGUCUUGGUACUAUGGACACUCGGAAGGUUGUCGAAGCUGUGAACCUAGAUCGAAUCCCACUCGCCGACGCUCACUCCACUCAACUCGACACUGCGCUAUCCGUCGUCGUGUCCGCUAGCGAAGCAACCGGAGAGCCUUCGAUCAUUGACCUGCCUGUGCAAGACAACAUUAGUACUGAUCCUAUCGUUUUCACCGCGCUCGAUGCUACAAAAGUGAGACUGCUCUUCGACAUAGUGCCAACCUAUGCAGGAUCCAACGAUCAAAGAGUAGGCCGCGGUGUCGCAAUGCUUUCAAGCAUCAAGCCUAGCGUUGGCUCCAAACGCAUCACUUUACAAGGAGAUCUCGCUGUUCCCAUUAUGGCAGCAAGCACCCUUGAAGUCAUCGGCUCCGUCAACUUCAACUUCCUAAUCAUCACACCUUUCACGCAUCCUAACAUGACUAUUGCCGAGGACUUGACCUAUUGGAAGAGUAUGGCUUCAACCAUGGUCAUCGGCCAUCGAGGCUUGGGCAAGAACACAGCUGCAAGAAAUUCUCUGCAGCUCGGCGAGAAUACCAUCCAGUCGUUCAUCGCAGCUGCCAACCUCGGAGCUCAAUACAUCGAGUUUGACGUCCAAUUGACGAAAGACCAUGUCCCAGUCAUUUACCACGAUUUUCUUGUCAGCGAAACCGGCAUCGAUGCUCCGGUGCACACCUUGACGCUUGAGCAAUUUCUUCAUGUCAAUGACGACCGUCGUACCCCUCGCCCAUCCCGACCUUCAUCACCUGUUUCAGCGGCAGCCCAAGCCAUCAACGGUUCCGACCCACGAAAACACCGUUCAAUGUCACUCGGCGACUUGACGAAAGACUCGACGUCAGAUAUGAGCGAGCGCAUGAAAAAUACCCGAGAUUUCAAGGAGAAAGGCUUCAAAGCGAACAGCCGUGGCAACUUCAUCCAAGCUCCCUUCACCACGCUGGAAGAGAUGUUCAUCAAGCUACCUGAGCACAUCGGGUUUAACAUCGAGAUGAAGUACCCCAUGCUGCACGAAAGCGAAGAGCAAGAGAUGGACACCUACGCCGUCGAGCUCAACUCUUUCGUCGACGAAGUGCUCACCAAAGUAUACGACCUGGGCAAGAAGCGAAAUGUCAUUUUCUCGAGCUUCAACCCAGACAUUUGCCUCCUGCUAUCCUUCAAGCAGCCAUCGAUACCCAUCCUUUUCCUCACUGAAGCCGGCACCAAUCCCGUCGGUGACAUCCGGGCCAGUAGUCUGCAAGAGGCCAUCCGUUUCGCUUCGCGAUGGAACCUCCUUGGAGUGGUAUCGGCGGCGGAGCCUUUGGUCAUUGCUCCACGAUUGGUCAAGGUAGUUAAGGAGUCUGGGCUUGUUUGUGUGAGCUAUGGCGGUUUAAAUAAUGAUCCACAGAACGUAAAGCUGCAAGCGAACGAGGGAAUCGAUGCUGUCAUUGUGGACAGCGUGCUUAAGAUACGGAAGGGGUUAACCGUGGAGGAAAUCACGACAAAGGUAGCCGUUUGA